AUGUUUAACUUAAACAGACAUAUUCAGAAUAACUGUUUCGUUUUUAAAAAAUCACAACCUUCUACAAGUGGUGCUGGUUAUUCGUCAAGUCUCAAUAGAAAGAGGGUUAAUCAAGCCGUAAUUGAGACCUUGGAAGAUGGAGUUACAAAACUACAACAUGCAUUCAAGAACAGAAUAGCUACUUACCGAUUCAACAGUCCCAAAACUCACAUCGAUUAUAAAAUAUUUAUGGAUGAAGCGAGGCCAAAAAUAGAAAACAUAAUUAUAAAAUACUUACAGGAGCACACAACGUUCAAGAUUAAUUUUGAGGUAUUUGGGCUUUAUGUAAUACCUGAGAAAGAAAUGAGUGAUAUCAAGUCCUUCAAUACUAAGAAUAAAGUAGUGACUCAAUCAACUGAUCUACAAAAAAUGUUUGAGGAAUUUAUAGAAGAAAUGACUUCUCAAGCAUCUGAAUUCCAGAUGAAAGACUCAGGAUGGACAUUAAAACAUAUCAUGUUCCUAGAUGUCAAUAUAAACAAGUUUACCCCAAUGUCAGCGGCAACCUAUAUUAAAUUACCGAGAUGUGUUGAAAAUAAAAAAGCAGUUUUAAAUAUACAAAAUAAGGACAAUGCGUGUUUCGCUUGGGCAAUUAAUGCGGCCAUUUUCUCCGCAAAUAGUAAUCCUACACAAACAAGUUCAUAUCCGCAUUACGAUACUUUGCUUAAUUUCACCGGUAUAGACUUCCCUGUAAAAUUAAAAGACAUCACCAAAUUCGAAGAAAUGAACAAUAUAUCUGUGAAUGUGUUUGGCUUGGAAUCGGAAUUUAAAGAUGGAAAAACUGUUACAGAAGUAGUUGGACCUCUACAUUUUACCAAAUGCCGCAAACCCACACAUGUUAAUUUAUUGCUUGUUUCUGAUGAUUCAGGCAAUAAUCAUUACUGCCUAAUUAAAAAUCUGUCAAAAUUAGUUUCGAAACAGAAAUCUCUACACGAUGGAGCAUUACACAUUUGCGAUGGAUGCCUGCAAUCAUUCAGAAAAAUUGAAAUUUUAAAAGCCCACCAAGACAAUGACUGUAAUCAUGUUUGUGUCAAGAUACCAUCUACUGAUCUAAAGAUAAACAAGUAUGGAGAAUCAAUUCCUGAAAAUAUUCUAAAAUUUGUCAACUUUGAAAAACAGCUACCUGUUCCUUUCGUCAUUUAUGCCGAUUUUGAGAGCUUGUUGAAACCACUUCACCACAAUGAGCCAUGUAAUGAUAAUUCGUUUACAGUAAAAAUAUCAGAACACCAGCCAUACUCAUUCGCCUUUUACUUGAAGUGUACGUUUGAUGAUGAAUAUUCGAAAUUUGAAAUAUACAGAGGACCUGACGCUGCUGAAGUAUUUAUGAAAAAAUUAGAUCAAACAGUUUAUGACGUAUACAACAAUCACCUCAAGCAUAUCAAGGAAAUGUCUCUGUCAGACCAAGAAAAAACAGAUUUUAAGAGUGCCACAACCUGUCAUAUUUGCAACAAAAUCUUUAAACCAGAAGACAUAAUAACAAGAGACCACUGCCAUCUAACGGGACGUUUUCGUGGUGCUGCACAUCAAACAUGUAACUUGAAUUAUAAAGUGGGGAAAUUUAUUCCAGUUUUUUUUCACAACCUUUCAAACUAUGAUAGUCAUUUAUUUAUCAAGAAGUUAUCACUGAAAAAGGAAUCUGUGUCCGUCAUCGCCCAAACAAAGGAAAAAUACAUCUCGUUUUAUAAAUCUAUACUUGUGGAAAAGUCUGCAGACCCUAAGAGACCAGAUACAUAUCUGAAAUUAAAAUUUGUGGACUCUUUUCGUUUUCUAGCUAAAGGACUGGAUAAAUUAUGUAAGACCUUAACAUCUGAGCAAUGUGUAGAGACCAGGAAAUACUUUAAAAAUGAUGAGGAGUUCAGUCUAAUAAGAAGAAAGGGUGUGUUUCCUUAUGACUAUGUGGAGAGCUUUGACAAACUAGAGGAUCCCCAUCUACCACCAAUCAAUAAAUUUUAUAACAGUAUGACUAUGGAAUCCCUUUCAGAAGAGGAUUAUUGUCGAGCUAACAAAAUAUGGAACAUCUUUAAUUGUAAAACUUUGGGAGAAUACGCGGACAUAUACCUAAAAUCUGAUGUUCUUUUGUUAGCGGAUGUUUUUGAAAAUUUCAGAAAAGUUUGUUUGAAACAAUAUAAGUUAGAUCCCUGUCACUAUCUAACAGCGCCAUCUUUGAGUUGGGAUGCCAUGUUACACUCUACUGGAGUAGAACUGGAACUGUUAACCGAUAUAGAUUCUGUGCAUUUUUUUAGAAGAGGAAUACGUGGUGUUGUUGCUCAGUGUAGCAAAAGAAAAGCUGUGGCCAACAACAAGUUUAUUCCUAGUUAUGAUCCUCUGAAACCGACAUCCUAUAUUAUGUAUUUAGAUGCCACAAACUUGUACGGUGCAGCAAUGAAACAGCCCUUACCAACUGGAGGAUUUCGAUGGCUCGAGAAACAUGAGGUUGAAAACUUUAAUGUUUCAGAUAUAAAUGAUGAUGCACAUAAAGGUUAUGCCUUGGAAGUGGACUUGCAAUAUCCAGCACAUCUUCAUGACAUUCAUAAUGAUCUUCCUCUAGGUCCUGAGAGUAUGAUACCACCAAACAGUAAAACAGCUAAACUGAUACCAAAUAUAAAUGAUAAGUACAAAUAUGUAAUUCACUAUCGAAACCUGAAACAGUACUUAAAAUAUUCACAGUCAACAUGGUUGGGAUCAUAUAUUAAUUUAAACACUAGUCUACGGAAUGCGUCCAAAAAUGAAUUUGAAAAGGAUCUGUUCAAACUGAUGGUGAACUCAAUUUUUGGUAAAACAAUGGAAAACGUUGAUAAAAGACAAAAUAUCAAACUAUGUUCGUGCUGGGAAAAUAAAAAAGGUUCUACUGGUGCAGGAGCACUAAUAGCCCUUCCACAUUUUAAAUCUUGCUCCAUAUUUAACGAAAAUUUGGUUGCUGUUCAAUUACAAAAGUUAAAAGUCGUAUACGAUAAACCACUUUACGUGGGAAUUUCAAUAUUGGACAUUUCGAAGACAAUAAUAUAUGAUUUCCUGUAUAAUUACAUCAAACCUAUAUAUGGCGACAAAGCAACUGUGCUUUAUACGGACACAGACUCUCUUAUAUUAGAGCUGUAUACAGAAAAUGUAUAUGAGGACAUAAAGCAGAACAUUGGAUAUUUCGACACAUCAAAUUUUCCAAACCCUAAUAUUCACAAUAUGCCCAUUACAAAAUCGGUAGUUGGAAGAAUGAAAGAUGAAUAUGCAGGAAAACCCAUAGAAAGUUUUUACGGUACAGGCGCCAAGGCAUACUGCGUAAAAGCAGGUGACGUCACAAAAAAAGCAAAAGGUAUUUCUAAAAGUAUAAUUAAACAUGAGCUGGACUUUACUGACUAUGUACACAUUGUUGAAAACGGUGGGACCAUAUUCCGUAAAAUGCAAAUAUUUACCUCUACGUUGCACACUAUUUACACCGAACUCAAAAAUAAAGUGGCACUUUCGGCNUCCAAAGACCACUGUUGCAAGAAUCCUUAG